AUGUCUUUGCUUUGCAUACAGAAACUAAUUCUUUGUAAAAAAGAUCAUAGUAUAUCGCUCGUAAUUAAUGUUGUACAAAUUUUAUUUAAUCCUAUUAAUCUAUCUGGAAACUAUUUUGAAUUACAAAAAUUUUAUCAGAAUAUGAUUCAACAAACACAAUUUAAUUCAUCUGAUGGAUGUUUUAAUCAAUCGUCUCAAAUACGUCCAUUUGAUUCAGGCGUUCUCCAUCCACGAUGGGAACAUCGUUCACCAUUAACAUCAAGCAAUUACACAACAUCACCAAAUUCAAGUAUCCACGCGGGAGAUACUUCUCAUUUUGCUUCUCUUCAACAGCAACAGCAACAACAGCAACAAAUAUCCUCUAAUACUAUACAAUAUCCAUCUUCCUUGACGAAAAAUUUUUGUGAUGAAAUUGAUGAUAUUAUGAAACAUGACGAUGUUCUUUUGAUAAGUCCAUCGCCAUCAUCAUUAACAAAUGUAAUGUCACCGACGUCAACUGAUCAGGAUUUUGAUCUCGAUACAUUUAAUGACUAUUUCGAACCACAACUACAAUUUAAUAAGCAGCAUAUACCAUCUUAUAUUGAAGGAUGUUCACAACAUCGAUCAGUUACAGAUGCCGAAACAAAUUCUCCUUCUCAAUCAUUGCAUCUAUUUUCUAUUUGUCCACCAAUACUCUCUCCGCCAUCCUCUACAUCAUCAUCAUUUUUACAAUUAUCGAACACUCAACCUGUUGAUGUUAUACAUCCAACAGUAAAUUCAAACUGUAUAAUAACGCUAAAUAAUUUGUCGAAUAGUAACAGUACACCAUCACAUCCGUCUUCAUCACUUGGAAUAAGUCCAAAAUUUAUCGAUUUAAGUUUAAAUUGUACUUUUCCUGAUAAAUCAUCGCAACAACAACAACAACAACAACGCAUUCUAAGAAAGACAGCAAAAAGUUUUUAUAAACCAUCCCAAUAUCAAUACUCAUCAUUGACAAAGUCUCAAACUCAACAAUUAUUAGGUACAUCGUACCCAUUUGAAGUACAACAAGAAUUCAUGCCAGAAGAUAAUCAAAGUCAUCGAUUUCGUUCAGCAAAUCAAUGCGGUUUGUUUGAUACAAUUCAAUGUACUGAUUUAAAAAUUGAAAAUCAAAGUGCACUGGAUGAACAACACCAACAACAACAGAUAAAAUCGCCUACAUCUUAUAUUUCUGUAUCACCAUUAUCCUAUUUAAGUAGAACAUCAACAACAAAUGGUUCGUCGUCCUCAAUUAGCAACGAAUCCAACGUGACCAACAAUAACAACAACAGCAAUAAUAACAACAACAACAAUAACAACAACCACUGGUCAUUUCCUUUACGAGCGGUAUCAAAUUCGUUUUCUGGAGUACAACCACAACAACAGCAACAGAAUACAAAUCUGUCAUCAUCAUAUGGUGGAUUCUCUUCCACACAAUCAUUUAUGAAAAAUUUUAGUCCACAUGCUACAACCCUAAAAUCUCCCAUACGUCGUCAUUCACGUUCAUCAAUUUCAAAAACAAACAAUCUACCAGAAAUAAUAAAUUUUCAUCAAACAAAUUGUACAUUAUAUUCAUUAAAUAAUAAUCUCACAACAAACACAACAAAUAGUACUAUAAUACCAACUUUAAAUAAUAUUGAACGAAAAGAACGACCAUCAUUAUCAUUUUCAACUUUUACAAGCAAAGGACAAGAUGAAAUAAAAGACGAUUCUUCAAGUCCACCAUGUAUAAAUGAUCUUCAGAGUGAAUCAGAUUUAUGGUCGGAUAUGGAAAAUGAUUAUUUACGUGACGAAGAUGGCGAAGAUAAUGAUCCUGAACAUAUUGAUAAUUCAAAUAACUUUUGCAUGACAGAGACAAAUAAAGUAGAAGCAACUUCACCAGUAGCGAUGAAUACUAGUUCUUCAACAACUGGAUUAGAAACAUCGAAUGGAAAUCAAUCGUCGUCAUUUUGGCAGUAUAAUGUACAAGCUAAAGGACCCAAGACAAAACGGGUACUAUAUUUGAAAGAACGUGAUCCACAUUUGUAUCGUGAGUUUUCAGAUCCUGUUUAUCAAAUAAAAUUAGCACAAACGAAAGGAAAUACAUUGAAUAAAUUACGAAAAGGUGAUGGAAAUGAUGUGACGCCAAACCCAGUGAAAUUAUACCAACUUGGUAAACAAAUACAAGAUCUUUCUGGUGGUGGCGUUACAACAUCAUCUUGUUUAAAUGGUUUAUAUUUGCUUGAUAAUAGCAUGAUUGAUACAAGUGCUAUUACAGCACAACCAAAUGAUUCACUGGAAGUUAAAAAAGAAAAAAACAAAAUAGCCAGCAGAGCAUGCCGUUUACGGAAAAAAGCACAACAUGAAGCAAACAAAUUAAAAUUGCAUGGACUAAAUGAAGAACAUAAAGCAUUGAUUGACGUUAUAUCAUCGAUGAAAUUAAUUAUUUUAAAAUAUUUGAAAGAUGAUCAGUUGUCAUCACCCUCAUCAAAUCUUCAAUUGGAAUCAAUACUCGAUCAACUUUUGACAACAAAAUAUCAUAUGCCUGUUGCUGGAAAUACCGAUGGUUUCGUUCAUUUGAUUAUAAAAGAUGUGGAAUCUGUCUUUACGUCUAAACGAAAUAAUCAUAGUUAA